CUGGCUCACCAGUCUACGAUCGAAGGUCGGCUGGUGCAGAGACAACGUUUAUUAUUUGUGUCUCUCUCUCUCUGUUUGUGUGUAGUUUGCGCGCGCAUCGUGUGGUACGACGUCAUUACGAUGUGGACUUUUUGAGAUACUACGCGUUGACUGUUGAAUGCGACAAAAUUCAACCGUUUCCAACAUCGUGUUUUCGUCAUUAUUUGAAACGAAAUUUGGCUUCGAGUUAACUAGCGGAUGGUUAAUGAAUCGACUUGUCUCAAGUUACAAUCGAUGGUCAUGGGGGUGUUUGCUACGGAUGACUUGGUGGGUCGUAGCAGCACCAUGACAUCAGCACCCAAAAAGAAAUGGAUCCAACAUUACAUGCAAGGCGAAGAGCCCAAUGGACAGCCGGACCAGACUCUCAUCGGUGAAGAUGUCGGUACCAAAUUGGUUUACAGUUCAAGCGGAUCCGCUCUUCGCAUAGAUCAAACUACGUCAUCUGUUAUCAACAAUGGGGGUUACUCGUUGGACCAUCCUCACGUCACCAGCGUUAUUCAGCGAUCGGGGCCUUCGACUCCGUCUUCUUCCUCGUACGCUGUUAACGGAUCGCGUCACGUUGCUGCGGCGUUUUAUUCGUACCAUCAAACGAGAAGCCGAUCGCCCAGCCCAGCUCGCGGUGGUGGUGCCCACUGCAAUGGAUCCGUGAACGUCACCAAUGGACAACGGACAGCCAGCGCAGCCGCCUCGCCGUUACAUUCCCAUUCCGUUUCCAAUGGCAGUUCGGCGGCUUCGUCACAACGGUCGUACCAGUCGUCUCCUAAGAUGCAGGACGCGGAGCCCUUCCCGCAACAACCGAGCGGCUAUCUCAACAGCGUGGCCUCUUCGUCGAACCAUCAUUCCUCCUCUUCUUCGUCCAACUCUUCGUCCACGCAUCCGUCUUUUCCCAGGGUAGACGACCUAGCCUCUAGGAGUCAUCGACUAGAAGAGGCGUUGCUGCGGGCAAGCCGUAAAAGUCCGCCCAUGCCACCGCAGACAUCUCUUCCCGUCGCCACGGCCGUCGCUGCGUCGUCCUCUUCGUCGUCGUCAUCCUCGUCGGCCGCAGCGGCCCAUUUUAAUGCGGCAAACAGCGGCAGGACUUCAGCUGAUGAGCUUCUCGAGCUGAAGAAACGCAGCGGGGCGGGGACGCGUGAAGUUCACAACAAGUUGGAGAAAAAUCGGCGCGCUCACUUGCGCGAAUGUUUCGAAUUUCUACGGAAACAGCUGCCGGCCAUCGACGACAAGAAGCUGUCAAAUCUGGGCAUCCUCAAAAGCGCCCUGCGCCAUAUCCAGACUCUGAAGAGGAAAGAACGCGAAUAUGAGCACACGAUGGAAAGGCUGGCUCGCGAGAAAAUCGCCGCUCAGCAACGAUUGGCUGCCCUCCGCAAGGAAGUUCCCAGCAUUCCGGGCUAUAGCAACGAUGCCGGUUCGUUGGAUUUGACAAGCGUCGUUCCCGUCGUCUUGCACAGCCAGCAGGUGCAAAUGAUCCAGCAGAGUGAACGCGAUUCGCCGUUGACGUUUGCCAACGUCCAGGCUCACACGAUUCGAGAAGAAAAUCAUUAUCGCUUGUCUGGUGGCGCCAGCAGUAGCAACCGGACGCGCGAUGGCGAUCAGCAGAGCAAUUCCGGAACGUCUACUGCCUCUGAGGGCGCUGACGCUAGUGAUGGUGAAGAGCCAACAGCGGACGCUCAACGACGUGUUGUUGUCCGAACUCCUACAACAGAACAAUUAUUAACGGCCGCCAGUCAGGUAACGGCCAACGGGAGACAAUUGCCCGCCUCUCCCGUUCCGGGUUCGCUGAAACGUCCUCACGUCGUUUUAACCAACGGCGUCGGUGCGGAAGAGAUUGGACCCAGCGAGGCCGACCAUUCCCGGCCCCACAUUAGGUAUGUCCGGGCUUCCACGACGGCACCUUCGUUGGCGUACGCAACGACGACGACAAUGUCUCAUCCGGCCGCCACUUAUGUCACUGUGGUGCCGACGACAGCCGGUGGCGUCCUGGAACUGACCGGAGUGCCGAUUGAAACGAGAGAAGGUGCCGCGACGAUAGCCGGUGGAGGAACGGCCCUGUAUCAGGUCCGUCAUCCAUCGGCCAUCGCCUUCGCCACCUCCGCUAGUGGACAUCAUGUUCAGCUGGCCACCCCACAAGUCCUGGCUGCCCAUCACGGCGUCCAGCUGCUCACUCACGGCCCAUCGCUCAAACUGCUGACGGCCGGGCCUACAACCGGUUCAGUACGGGUUAUAUCGGCCAGUGACGUCUCUACCUCAUUGCAGCCUUUGAUGGCUGUUCACACUUCUUCCUCCGUUACGGGUAGCAAAAAUAGCGAAGAAAUCGCUGCGUCCUUACUAAACGGAACUGCGGUGACGUCGACAUCAGGAACUGUCUUUUGUACUCCGUCUGGCGUAGUGAUACCGAGUUUGGUAGCCUUGCCUCCCACGGAAGCGUCAGCAAGCAGCAAUAGUAAUAGCAGCAGCAGUAGUAGUAGUAGUUUGCCGACGAAUUAUGAGCUGCCACGUGUGACCGCUUCCAUAUCGACUCAUUUGAAAAAUUCGUCCACUAUUCCUAAUAGUUCUGCAGUAUUGAGUAUACCCAACGGAUUGCUGAAAGCGACAGUUAGUCGCUCGUUGCAACCGGUGACGACCGCAGGUGUGACUCAUGUCAUGACGCCGAUAGCCGUCACGCGGUCUCUACCUCUGGUCACCAACAUGGCCGUUGUUGGUCAAUCAACUAAACAUGUUGCCCAUAUUUUGACCAAUUCGUCCCUGGACAAGAUGGGACUGCUGAAAUCCGGAUCGAUACCCAUUAUUGGUGGACAGUAUUUGACUCCGGCGACUGGCAGGCAUCUUAUAAAGCCCGUAGUGGUCGUGGCCGCUCCACCAUCAACGUCGCCGACGACAACACAAGUUGUAGCGCCGCGUGACGGAUCGACCACGGCCACCGCUCGUCCAUCCACUCCUCAGACAAAGUACCCUCCGACGUAGGAAUCGAUCCCCUUUGUUCCCCCUCCCUUUAUUUUUCAUCAUUUUUCGCCUUUUUGUUCGUCUUGAGACGGGCGCGUGGAGGAGCACACCAACUCGAGUACAAGCCAUAGAUUUAAUUAACAUACAAAUUAUCAAUAAACUACACAAAAUCAUUUCACUUUUUCUUGUUCCCUUAGCCAAUCAUCAGCGAAUGACUUUCCUCUUUUGAUUGUGGUCAUUUAACACACACACACACACAGUGUCUAACCCGCUGGGAGAUUGAAUCGUUUAUCAUUCUUGUCCUCUUUUUUUUUUUUUUUCUUUUGUUUUUUUGUUUUGAUUUUUUUUUUUGUUUUGUUAAAAAUUCAAUGUGACUGUGUGUGUUUUUGUUUGUUUUGUUUGAGAGAUUUGUGCAGAUUGUAUCUCUCCUCUAGGACGAACAUCUUUAUUUUUUAUUUUUUUCUCUUUUUAAUAGCAUGUUGUACUUUGUUAAAUUUAUUUAUUAUUUUUUUUUUCUUGACCCCUAUUGAGUUUCUUAUUUUCUCUGGCUAAAAGUUAACCCUGUGUGUGUUUGGCGCAGAGAAUAAAAAAAAAAAAAAAAAAAAAAACAGAAAAGGGAAACGUAAGAAACAAAAACAAAAAAAUAAAAUAAAAGCAAACAAAGAUCCUCCCUUAAACGCAAAUUCAGUUAGAAACUAAUUGUGGUGCUCGACAAAUCUCUGCCGAAUUGGUCGCACGUUAAAUUGAUUUUCAUAGGAUAUAAUUUGACAUUGGUGAUCGACUCGAGACGAUAUCAAGAGCGAUCGAAGAUGGCGAUCUUUCGACUAUUUGAUUAGACACAAUUUAUACAUACAACUGUUGUACGACUGGGAAUCAAUUUUUGUUGUUGUCAAUGAACAUGUACAUAGUGGACUAAAGAAAAUCUUGUUUUCUUCUUCUCUUUUCUCACGUUUGUUUUCCUUUAAUUCUAAAAUCCUCAAUGUUUCAUCUGGCGUUUUUGCGGAUUGUAUUUUACAGGCAUUGCAGCCUCUUCUUUUCCCUCCCAAUUAGUGCAGAUUCUCCCUACCCUCUCCAAAAUAUUUCCAGCUCCUUCGUUUGUUUUUUUUUCACUGAUCGUGUUUUGUUCUCUAUUGUGGUUGAGUGUAUUAUGUUUAUUAUUAGACAUGUAAAUACAAUCAGUAAUGUAUUGCCGCUA